AUGCCUGAGUGGGGCUUCUGCUACGCCUUCAACCUGCCUCUGUCGGAGGUCCCGUUGCAAGGCUGGACAGGCGGGCGCCGCUGCACGCUAGUGAACCGCGACCGCAGCCUGACGUCAGCUUUCAAGACGGGCAGGCUGUACCUCACACGCAGCUUCCUUUGCUUCGAACGAAGUCGCUCUAUUCGCGCUAAGAACAUCAAGUUGGCACUUGCGAACAUCGCUGAAGUGCUGAAGGCCGAGAGUUGCUCAUGGAUACCUGGAGGUGGCAUGGCCAUUGAAGUCUGCAUGAAGCCGGAUGAGAAUAAUACUGAAGAUGCGGGCCUCAGUCCGCAAUCUUCGGCGGGAGAGGAAGAAACUGUCGAGAAAACCGGAGUGCUUGCACCCGUUGCUGCUACUCCGGACAAUAGCAUAGCUGCAGAAAAUAAGUCCUUUGGAUCAGGCGACUCGACAGACAAAAAUAUUCAGGGUGAAGAGCCUCAGCUUCCCGACGCCCCGGCUUGUGUCCCAGUCGACAACAUGGAUGUCAGCUCGCAGGCGGUACAGCGCCGGAAGUUCUCUAAGAAGAAAAUGAAAAGGAAACUUCAGAGGCGCAAGAAUCGAACUCAACCUCAGAGCUACUUUUUCGGCGGCAUUCGGAGCCGCGAUGACGCCUACGACAGCAUCGUCAUGGCGGUGGCCCGAGCACAGACUGCUUGA